AUGAACCGUAGAUCAAGAUUUAGCACUUUCAUUCCGGCCUCGCUCUGGAAGAGAAGUGCAUGCGUCGUGCUCAUCGGAUGGGAUGCAUGGAGAAGAGUCUUGUAUCCUCGUUUGCUGGUAUCGGUAUCACCAUCUGGCCCAUCCAGGGAACUAGACACGUCAAUAGAACCGAUCUCAAAGCUCUCGAAGAUCCUCAUAUGGAUGGAGCCAUCAUCAAGCCCGGCAAGCAGCACGUCCACUGAGUCUCCUGGGUUCUUCACCGGAGAAUGGAAUAUAGAGUCAAGAGACACCCUGCUACUAAACACAUCGUCACUAGAUAUACCAUUAGCAUGGAUAGUACCAACUAGAAGAAAGCGGCUAACGUACUCAUCACCCGUAGACGGCAGCGUACUCAGCUUCGGUAGCGAGCCCUCAAUGUCCAGCAGGGCUAGUUCACGCGGUAGAUCCUCCUUGAGAAACCCCAGAUGA